AUGGCGCCAUCAACGACUGCGUACAACCCUAGCAUGGGCCAGUACUUCCGAAACCCGCGAGAACUUAUGGCACUGAAGCUCAUCUCACUAUGCGUCGGUACCGUGAGCUUGUGUUGCACUCUGGUUGCUUUAUAUCACUUUUUGCGCAUGAGACGGUUGUUCCGUCACGACUUAAUAUUGCUACUAUUAGCGGCUGACUUGCUCACGGGCAUCUGCUAUGUCGGAUUCCCCCUGGUGUCAUUUGCGGUGCACCGGAACCGCCGCAUCGAGAGCGGCGCGCCUUUUUGUCAGUUCAGCGGCUUCUCGCUCACGGUCGGCAUCGAGGCCGCCGAUAUCGCUGCUCUCCUGAUAGCCCUUCACACGGUCCUCUACAUCGUGAGGCCACGCAGGCAGGGCGGCGGCAACGGCCUCUACCCCUACCGCUACUGGGCGUACGCGGCCGUCACCCUGUUACCCAUCCUGGUCGCGUCGCUGGCCUUUGCCGGCGGCAUGCCGGGCUUCGAGGACACGGGUGCCAUGUGCUACCUCCCGUUGCGCCAGCGCUGGUACAGGAUGUACCUGGCCUGGGUGCCGCGCUAUCUCAUUUUUUGCCUCAUCGUUGCGUUGUACGUUGGCCUGUUCCUGUAUGUCCGCUUCGCGCAGUGGAGGUACUCAAAGGCCCACGAUUGGACUGGGCGCUCGUCUGAGACGGCCGCAUCGGCGACGCUCGUGUCUUCGAGCACCGCCAGCGCCGGCGGCCUGCAGAAGCAGCAGAUGAUACAGAUGAACGAUUUGCUGCCCGAUGGCGGCACCACCGCCGCCACCAGGAAAAACAGCGCCGUCUCUUUGUCGUUUGGGAAGAUACCGAGCUCGCCGAUGGGGAGUCGGAAGGCGUCGCACGAUGGAGAUCAGGGGAGGGAUUUGGUUUCGGCUGCUGGUUACACAUCCUCAAAGAUGACUAUGGACUGGCAGGAGACUGACCAGCGGCGCAAGUCUGUCAAAUUCUCGCCCAUGGUUUGGAACCCUGAGACGGCCGCCAGGCUUAAUCAGGCAAAUGACAUUUCAGACGGGUCCGAAAUGGUCGGGUCGGAAGAGAGAGCAGAUAACCGACCGCGAAAUACGCCCGACGAUGGGCUCAACAAUCGUCGCAUGACGUGGAACUGGAGGGAGCAGCUUCAGCUUCCAACUAAUACAACGCCACCCCUCAGGCCCCGUCUGUCCAUUUCAGGGGCGCCUGCGGGAGAGGAAUCAAAGCCGGCAGCGAGCAGGUCAAGAACUCGACAGCCGCCCCCUUUUUCGCCGCUGAUCGACAUAACGCUAGAGCAAUUGCCUGAUGAGACCCCCAAGCAGCGGCACCGACGGAGCAAGACUGCAUCUAUAUCUCUGCACGUCCCCAGUGGUCCUUUGGGGAGCACACAUGAGCUUGGACGUAUAGAGCAAGCUGGGGCACCGAGCACGUCUGCUCUUGCGCUGAUAAGUCCGCCUUCUCAGGAGACGGACGACACACGGAACAACAAAAACUUCUCCACGAUCAUGCUGCCACCACCGUUAGCAACGACAGCGGCAUCAAAAACAGCCACUGUAGACGACAUCCCGGCGCGGCGAGGAUCUGCCGGAAGUGACAUCGGCUGCAGCACGCUGACGUAUGAUAGCGGGACGGAGGUGGCUAAGACGCGGUCGAGGGUGCGCAAGCAGCUCAUCAUGCUCUUCAUCUACCCGCUUCUCUACAUCGCCAUGUGGAUGGUCCCGUUCCUGAGCCACAUCCUGUACUUUGACAACUACUUCAACACGGCCCAGGAGCAGCUUCCCGGCCAGCCGCUGUGGCUGCUAUGCGUAAGUUUGGCCAGCCUGUCGAUCCAGGGCGCCAUCAACUCGUCGCUGUUCAUGUGGCGCGAGCGGCCCUGGAGGUUCCGCGACGAGAGGGGCUUCUGGGGUCCCCUGAGGGAGCGGCUGCGGGACGUGCUGGGGAUGGGAGGUGGUGGUGGUGGUGGUGGCGGCGGAUGUGGGGCCAGGGGGUGUUGGUCAGCGUGUCUUGGGAUUCGAGGCGGAGAGAAGGACGGGGUUCGAGGCGACGGAGGGGCUGCCUCGGGCAAGUCCCGGCAGGAGAUGAUUAAUGAUGGAUCUUUGGCCAGGAUCAGGAGGAGGCAGGAGAUGGCCAACGAGGCUACGCUUGCGGCUUCGUCGCCGAGAAAGUCCACCGCUCCGAGAAACUGGUGGGAUGCGGAGGACCAGGAUUGA